UGCAUUUCCCCUGCAAGAUCAACGCCUCCUUUGCUUCGGGAAGCUUUUUCCUUCUGCUUCUUCUGCUGGUAUCCGUUCACCUUUCCCUCUUCCUUUGUCGCUCCGUCUCUCUCUUUCUCUCUCUCUUUUCUUUAUAUUUCCCCCCUCCUUCUGUAUUGCUUUCAAGAUGGCCGAUCCUCUGUAUGUGUGUGUGCGUGCGUGCGUGCGUGCGUAUCUGAAUGUGUGAGCCCUCCACAGCUCCUCGCCUGUCUUUGUUGUUGUUUUGCUCCUGGGAGGGAAGCUACGGAGAAUUUCCCAACUGGUCUCUUCGGGCUUCCCCGAUCGUGAAAUCUUGGCAGCGCCGCCAUCUCCUUAGACGCUCCCCGCCCCCACCACAUCCUCUUUGCGACUGGAGAGGCUGGCGGCCAGUGUGCCCGCUUCCCUCCCUUGUGGUGCCUUUCCUUCGCUGCAGUGGCUUCCAGCUCUGGUUCACCCGCGCGGCCCUUUCUCCCCGCGCCCCGGGAGAGAGAGGACCUGCUGAGCUCCUCAGGAUCCAAAAUGCACAGGACCACCAGGAUAAAAAUCACAGAGCUGAACCCCCACUUGAUGUGUGCCUUGUGCGGGGGCUACUUCAUAGAUGCCACAACCAUUGUGGAAUGCUUACACUCUUUCUGUAAAACCUGCAUCGUUCGUUAUCUGGAGACCAACAAAUACUGCCCAAUGUGUGACGUUCAAGUACAUAAAACGAGGCCUCUCCUCAGCAUCAGAUCUGAUAAAACCCUACAAGAUAUUGUCUACAAGCUGGUCCCAGGGCUCUUUAAAGAUGAGAUGAAGAGACGGCGUGAUUUCUAUGCAGCAUACCCUCUGGCAGAUGUUCCUAAUGGAUCCAAUGAAGACCGGGGCGAAGUUUCAGAACAAGAGAAAGGGAACCUGACGGAUGACGAAAUUGUCAGCUUAUCCAUAGAGUUUUAUGAAGGGAUCAGAGAAGAAAACAAAGGAACAGUUGAGAAUGGAAACCUGGAGAAAGACAAGAAGAACAGCAUGAGGUUCCUCCGUUGUCCUGCUGCCAUGACUAUCAUGCAUCUGGCCAAGUUCCUUCGCAACAAGAUGGAUGUUCCAAGCAAAUACAAAGUGGAAGUACUCUAUGAAGAUGAACCUCUGAAGGAGUAUUACACCCUCAUGGACAUAACUUACAUCUAUCCUUGGAGAAGAAAUGGCCCCCUCCCCUUGAAGUACCGAGUCCAGCCAGCCUGCAAGAGGCUAAAGCUCUCCUCCCAGCCGCCCAACUCGGAGUGCACCAACACCAGCGGGGCUUCGGAGUGCGAAUCGGUCAGCGACAAAGCAAACAGCCCUGCCACCCUGCCAGCCACUACCUCUUCCUCCUUGCCAAGCCCUGCCACACCGUCCCAUGGCUCCCCCAGCUCCAACACCACCACUGUGAGCAUUCCCACCAACUCGACUUCUGGUGCCGUGCUCAACGGCACCUCGAACUGCCACCAGAUGCAACCCUUGGCCAACAGAGGGCGCAAGACAAUGGCAAAUGGUGGCCCAGCCAUGUCGGCGUUGACUUAAAGGAGCAUCGCUUCAGUUUUAUAAAUACUAAGUAUAUUAUGUGUAGAUAAGGGCAAUGGUGGGUGUGGUGGGGAAAUUAUACAUACUUAUUUUCUAUUGAUUGACCUGAUUUAAUUUAAGAAAAAAUAAUGCAAAAGGAGACAAAAAAAAAAAAUCCAAUGUGUCCCCCCCUUAAUUUUUAAAAAGUAAAAAUGUGCUCAUGUAACUGCAUGAUGGCAUCUGUGUAAAAGCUGUAGCCCCUUCUUGUUAAUAAUUAUUUUUUUACUUGUGUCCUCGAUUUGUAGCAAGACUUAAUGCACAGGCCCAAAGGGAGAAACGCACAGUCCCGAGUAAGUCAGGCCGUGUUUCCUAGGCACGCGGCUGGCUUAUUUGUGCUCUUUUCGUCAUAUGACUGUAGCCUCACGUUUACAGCAGCACACUUCCCCACGCCAUUGACACUGCCCUUCAGGUCCAUGUACCGGCAUCUACCUCUCUUGGCCUUUGGUUCAACUUCCUGUAGUAAGGGAGAGCCAAGCAUCUGUGUAUGUGGAAAGGGGUCACAAGCUUCUCCAUGGCAGAAAAGUCAACAGCCACUGCAGGUAUGUACUCUACCAGGACAAAACAUGACAACGGGGAGCAGGGGGGCAGCCCCCCCCCCAUAAGCAACAGAGAAGAGGAUUAGGGUAAGCGGCACAGGCUCAGAGGCCUGGACGUGGUCCAUGUGCCACUGCCUGAGAAAAGGGGCCUCCAGGCGCUGUGCAGAUACCCCCAGGCUGCCGUUGGGGUGCAGUCUGAGCAGUGCUAGUAGGGGCAGGCCUGUCCUGCUAUGUUGUGUUGUUGUUCUGGUUCUCGGACGGACUGUCUGUUCCUACUGGGUGUCAGGCCAUAGGCUUGGGCUGCACCCCUGUUCCCCCAGUAGCUCAGAUGACCUUGGAGUAGUGAGUGGUUCCAUCUCCCUGCCCGCCUGCGUCUUUCUCCAUGAAAGUGCAGUGGUGUAUUUGGCGGGAGACGGCCGCUUCUCUUGGCGUCAUGUCACCAACCCAGGCGGGUGCAUGAACUAACGCCAGGAACACUAGCAUGGUGGACAUGGUGUCUUGUGCUCGGCACUUACUUGGUGGGGUAGCAUGUCUUUGAGCCUCACGUUAUUAUUUUUACUUUCCUUUUCUCACUUGUGUACCAUGUCUCUGUCCGGCACACCGUCAUGUCAAAUUUAAACCAUUUCAGUUGUCGUAUUUCUCUCCUGGCAGUGGUGGUGGUGCUGAGUGUUCUUCGCCUUGGUCUCUGUGCACCACACAACUGGGCGUUGGGAAAAGCUUCUAAAGCUCAGCAUAUUCUUAGCUGUCUUGGCCAUUUACUGACCCUGCCAUUCCCAGAGCUUGGUAGGAAUAGCUGGAAGUGGAGCCCGCCAUGUUCAGAGGAAAUAUGCUUCCCAAGUACCAGAUGCUGGGGACAAACAGCCAGAGAAAGUCAGCCAUCUUCAUGUCCUGCAUUUGAUCUUCCCAGGCCACUUUUGGCAGACCACACAGUUACAAGUUGGGGGGUACUUGGCUCAACGACAAGCGAAGAGGAGCUUGGAAUUGUUAUGAUCACAGGCUGAAUAUGAUGUGUCUGCAAAAAGGUGAACACUAGAUUGGAUUGGUUUAAUAGAAGUAGAAGUACAGCGCUCCAGAUCACACGAGGUUCUGGCUCCCUUUCUUCAGCACUCAUUAGGCUGCAUCUGGAGUGCUGUGUCUCAUUCUGGGACUGCACUUCAAGACAGACCCAGGCCACUGGAAGCGUUCAGAGGAGGGCAGCAAAGAUGAUCAGGGACUGGAAACAAAGCCCUACGAGUUUCUCCCACUGUCAGAGACUGCUAGGCCACGUAGGCCUUUCGGUCUUAUUUUUAAAAAGUAGGCUGUUACGGUUCCUUGGCUGGGAGCUAUGACGGUUGGAAGUGGUUUAAAUUUGAAGUGUGCAUCUGCGGCAAGUGUGUGCUCCUGAGCGUGAUAGUAACAUGUGAGUGAGGAGUUCAAAAACUUGGGCAUAGUGAUUUCCAUCAUCCUGGAUAUUGGAGAAAUGUGCCCCUUGAGUUCAGGGGGUCUGCUGCAGCCACGGUCUGUGUGUGUCCACCCGUCAUUUGUAGCCACACAAGUGGGUGUGUUUGGGAAUGGCCAGAGUCAGCUCGUCACAGUUCUUGGGAUGCACAUUGUUUGUAGCCCUUUUAGGAUCCUGUUUACUAUUUUAAAAGCUUUUUCUUGCUUAUCCUUCUUGUAAAUUGAGUUUCAAAUAAAUAAAUACAGUGCCUUUGGAAAGGAAAUUUUAUUUAUUAAUGUGUUAAGGUGAUAGACCACUGUUGUGGUUUGACUUGGGUAGUGGAAGUGGGUGGAGAAGAUUUCUUUUGCUUUCUUAUGUUUCAAAACUGACAGGUAGAAAUGCACAAUUUCCAGUAGGAAGAGUUCUAUUCUUCCAUCAACUUGAAUCUUCUAAUCUUUUCCUUACAGAGAAAAAGCAAUUCAAAAUUAUUCUUCCCCUGACUUUUUUUUUUUUUUUUUUUUGAUAGUUGGAAGGGCUAACUUGAUGCAAGCACAUUUUUUAUCCCCCAGGAACUUUUAACAGUCUUUUUCUCUGUUUAAAUCUUGAGAGCAGUUGAUUCCUGAAAAGCAUUCCAUGUUUGAAAAUAAGUUUUUGUAGGUAGAUCUGUAGCACAGGUGGGUGUGCACAGGGGCAAGGGGGCGUGGAGAUGGACGAGGGGAUGCAUGUUUACCAGCCUGGCAAGACCUGAUCUCACCUGCCCAAAUUCCUGAGCUAGGUCACCUGCUAGCACAGUAAGGUAGAUGGGAGCCUGGCGAGAAGCAGACACAGACUUGCACUGGUUGAAUUAAUGAGAAUAGGAAGGCAUCCUAGAAGUAUUUGGACCUUGCACAACAUGACUUUUCAAGAAUGACACGUAUUUUCCUUGCUCCUGCCUUUCGGGUGCUGCAUUUGGAGGGAGGAGACAGAAUCAGUGCUGCGGAGGCUCCUCCCGCUGCCCGUUCCUUUCACCCGCACAGCUUCCCCGAGGCGAGAAUAUGUGACUUGCUUUGCUGGACCAGACCAAAGGUUCUGCUCCCCCGCCCUGCCCCGCGUCAGGGUCACGCAGGGGACUUCUGGACUGCAUUUUCUCAUAACAGCACUACUCCUUUCUCCCCUCGCCUCGUUACAAAUCGCUUCAGAGCUUUUCCCCUUGGUUUCAGAGUCGGUUGGCCUCCCACUGCUGUUAGGAAAAGAAAUCAGCACACGGUGCUUUGGGUAGUGGCUCUCUGUUGUCCACAACAUCUGGUAACAAGGGGGAUACCUGUCUCUGCUUAGUUUGGCUACUGGGGCUAAUGAACACCAGGAGGCAUGUGGCCAUCCUAGAUCCCUGAAGCACGCAUCCCAGGCUUCUCUGGCAACGCUUGUUUCACCACCCAACAACUUUCAGGGUGAGGCUUUUAUUGUGCAGUCACUGUGCUUCAUUCACAGUCUUUUCGGGGGGACUGGGCCCUGCCGUCAUCCAUUUGCGACCCUCCCAUGUUUCCCCACCGCCUCUUCCAUCUUGCUUCUUGGCACAGGAGAUCUGUGAACGACAAAGCUUGGCCACGCAACUCCUCCGGACUGGGCGUGCGAGGCGCUCUCCAGCCGAAAGUUCGGAGGACUCUGCUAACCUGCUGGCUUCCUCCUUGCAAUUUGACCUGUCCUCAGAGUACAGGCUAACAGCAGCUCUCUCCCUCUCCCCUAUCUUUUAAAUAGCACUCUUUUUUUAAAAAAGGAGGGUCAUUUUCUCAUUCUGUACUUUCUGCAGCAUUUGAGCAGUGCCAUACCUCCAAAGAGGGGAGCCUCCUAACAACCAAACCGCCACCCAGUUUGACACGCUGUGGCAGUUGCAGCUCCAAGGGGAGCCCAUUGCGAGGGUCCUCCUCGCGUGUAAGCUCUGCGCACGAAGAGGGCGAGCAGGGAUGAGCCGCCUAAUUUCAGCCCACCCUUGCCAUUCUUGUUGCCCUCUACAAGCGACACCCUCCCAUAGGGUGUACCCCAAGAUUUUAGAAUCUGGAGGCUAAAAUCUCGUCGCCUCUGCCAGUCAGGAUAGCUAGAAGCAGUGUGGCUGCAAGAGGGUCAUCCUCAAGGCUUGCGCACAAGUACACCUGGGUGGGUUACAGCACUUGGAGGGUGUGACUCUAGUGCAGGAAUUGCUUGGGACCCACAGGGCCCUCAUCACCAACAGUGGCCCUUUACGGAACCUCCAGUACUACUUUAAACCAGCCAAUUACUGCAGGAGGUACCCGUUUAUCCACAUCUCUUGUCACUAGGCUGUCAGGCUGGGCUAGGCAGCAAGCCUUCUUGGUUCUGAGCCCUCCAGGUGCUGAUACGUAGCACAUCUGGUGUGUAAACACAAGGAGAGUUAGAAGGCCUCAAGGGAGCCGUGGAGAGAUUCAAGCCACACGCUCAUCCCACAGACCGAUAAUGCUUUUCUUCUUUUUCCAGUGACUGACUUUUUGUCCUUGCUAAUGGCAGUAAGCCACGCUUUAAGGGUUGCUAGACUCUGAAAAUCUGAAAGUUGUCCUGUCUGUUCAUUAUCUUGUACAUACUGGGUAAACUGACCAAGGCAAUUAAAAAGCCUCAUGUUUUUCUCUUCCUGCCUUCACCUUUUUGUACAUUUUUUAAAAUAUGGUACAAGCCAAACCUCUCUGUAUGUUUGCAAACCUGUAUGAUGUUUUAAUGUGCUGUAAUAUAUUCUGAUAUUCAUAUAUUGUUAUUAGUUAAAACAUUUGUAUCAAUACUACAGUUUGUAUAUGGUAAUAAAUGCUACAACUUUGUCCUUCA